AUGUUCGUUGAACAGAGUCUCACAGAUCACGAGAGUGGCGAUAUUAGCAAGAAUUUUGACGAUGAUGGCCGCGAGAAAAGAACAGGGACAUGGAUGACGGGGAGUGCACACAUAAUAACCGCAGUGAUAGGGUCAGGAGUGUUGUCGCUUGCGUGGGCAAUAGCACAGCUCGGAUGGGUGGCAGGACCCGCCGUACUAAUGGCCUUUUCCUUGAUCACAUACUUUACAUCAACCAUGCUUGCCGACUGUUAUCGUUUUCCAGAUCCUGUCACCGGAAAACGCAACUAUACCUACAUGGAAGUUGUCCGCUCUUACUUAGGAGGAAGAAAAGUGAUGUUAUGCGGAUUGGCUCAGUACGGGAAUCUUAUUGGAAUAACAAUCGGCUAUACAAUCACAGCGUCGAUAAGCAUGGUGGCAAUAAAGAGGUCAAACUGCUUCCACAAGAAUGGGCAUAAUGUGAAAUGUUCCACUUCAAGCACUCCCUUCAUGAUCGUAUUUGCAAUCAUCCAAAUUAUUCUUAGCCAAAUACCAAAUUUCCACAACCUCUCUUGGCUCUCCAUUCUAGCGGCUGUGAUGUCCUUUUCUUACGCCUCUAUCGGCGUCGGUCUUUCCAUCUUCAAAGUGGCCGGUGACAGUGGGCACGCAAGAACGGCACUAACAGGAGUAACGGUAGGAGUUGAUGUAACGGGUCCCGAUAAAGUAUGGAGAACGUUCCAAGCAAUUGGAGACAUUGCGUUUGCCUAUGCCUACUCAACAGUACUCAUUGAGAUACAGGAUACAUUGAAAGCAGGUUCACUAUCAGAAAACAAAGCCAUGAAAAGAGCAAGCUUUAUAGGUGUCUCCACAACGACAUUCUUCUACAUGUUAUGCGGCUGUGUGGGUUACGCUGCCUUUGGAAAUGAUGCACCUGGAAACUUCCUAACCGGUUUUGGUUUUUAUGAGCCUUUCUGGCUAAUCGACUUUGCUAAUGUUUGCAUCGCUGUGCAUCUUGUUGGUGCGUACCAGGUCUUUUGCCAGCCCAUUUUCCAGUUUAUAGAGAGUCAAAGCGCAUUACGUUGGCCAAACAACAAGUUUAUCACACAAGAAUACAAAAUCAACGUCCCUUGUUGUGGUGAAGUUGGUAUCAAUUUCUUCAGAUUGGUUUGGAGGACUUCAUAUGUUGUGGUCACUGCGGUUGUAGCCAUGAUCUUUCCUUUUUUCAACGAUUUCUUGGGUCUUAUUGGAGCAGCUUCGUUUUGGCCUUUGACUGUUUACUUUCCCAUUGAGAUGCAUAUUGCUCAGAGAAAGAUGAAGAAGUUUUCUUUCACUUGGACGUGGCUUAAAAUCUUGAGCUGGGCUUGUUUCCUCGUCUCCCUUGUUGCCGCAGCCGGGUCUGUGCAAGGACUCAUACAAAGUCUUAAGGAUUUCAAGCCUUUUACGGCUCCUGAGUGA